AUGAAAAUAUUAGACAUUUUCAUAACCGAUGACUAUCUUAAGGUAAAUUAUACCCAAUUUUUCUUUGAGUGCUUUCUGCGAAACAAAAUUGACCAUAAGAAAAGCCUGGCCCAUGUUGGAAAUGGAGAAGUGAUUUUUCAGUUAUAUAAAGAAACUCCAGGCCUUUGGAACAAACUUGAAUCAGAAAUCAUAGAAGAUAAAAAUGCCAUGAACCUGAAACGAAGAGAGGCCAUAGAAAAAGCUCAGAAAGAAGCAGAAGAAGAUAAAAAGCAAAAUGAAGAAACUAGAAGAAAAAAUGAAAAAUAUGCAUUGAAGAAAAUUAUGAAACAUGAAGAAGAAGAAAAAGAAAGAAUACAGAAAAUAAAAGAUCAAGAAAGACAAAAAGCAAUGGCAGAACUGCAGAAAUGGAAAGAAGAACAACAAAAAUUAGCAGAAAAGGCAAAGCAUAAAAUCAUUAAAGAGCAAAAAGUAAUAAAAGAAACUGCUCUGAAAAAAGAAAAGCUGACAACACAAAAGAAAAAAACAGAUCUGUUAGCAACAUUUACUCUCCGACCAGUUGGAAAUAUUGAUGUAAAUUUCACACCAAGAGUAUUUCCAACUCCAUUUAGAGAAUCCCAAGCCCAUGAAGAGGAAGAAUGGUUAAGAAAACAAGCUGAAGCAAGAAGAAUCAGUGAAGUGUUUGAUGAAGAUUUGAAUGAAGAAGAAAAAAAUCCAGAUUUGCUUCAGAAUAAAGGAAACAAUUUUUUCAAUGCCGGUAACUACCCUGCAGCAAUCAAUGUUUACAGUCAUGCCAUUAAGCUGAACAACAAUAUACCAGCUCUUUAUUCCAAUAGAGCUGCGUGUCACUUGAAAAUGAGAAACUUUAUGAAAUGCAUCAAAGAUUGCUCAACGGCUCUGGACUUGCUACAUCCAUGUGUACCUCAAAAUGCAACUUCUCGAUGCAGAGCACUGGUAAGAAGAGGAACAGCUUUUUGUGAAAUGGAAUUAUAUGUUGAAGGUUUACAAGAUUAUGAUGCUGCUUUAAAACUUGAUCCAAAUAACAAGCAAUUACAGAAGGACGCUGAAAAUAUUCGUAACAUGAUUCAAGGAACGAGUUAA